AUGCAGUGGGAACGAAGGUCGCCUCUACCGGCCGAGACCGACGCCGAGCAGCAGGGUCGGUUAAGCUGGUACCUUUUAUCUGGCAGCCCGGCCAAGUCGCCACGCCUAGAACCUGCCGCUGGCCAAACUGGGCAAGCUCUUGCAGGCGCCGUUGGAUAG